GGACUACGGAGUCAGUAGUGUCAGUACGGAGUACGGAGCGUGGCACGUUAUUAGCCACGCAGAAGCCAUAGUAGCAAGAUGAGUCGGGUGACGAUCGUCGUGUUCACGCUAUUCUACGCGUUAUGUUAUUCUGCGUCCUGUCACGCCGUCACAUUUGAUGAUUGCGGCUCAACAUUAGGCAAAUUCACGGAAGUAUUGGUCUCGGGAUGUAAAACGUCUGAUGAAAAAUGUGUUUUACAGCGCGGCGCUAACGCAUCUAUAUCCAUCAAAUUUACACCUAAUAAAGAUAUCUCAGCAGUCAAUGUACGUGUAUACGGCGUAGUGUUAGACGUUCCGGUACCUUUUCCAUUAGACAAGCCUGACGCGUGCACGGAUCCUGACGAUGGAAUUGAUUGUCCUUUACACAAGGAUCAAGAGUAUCAUUAUACGACCACGCUGCUUGUGCAGAAGAAGUAUCCUCGGGUGAACGUCUAUAUUAAGUGGGUGUUUAUAAAUGAGAACAAGGAAAAAAUAGUGUGCAUAGGAUUUCCAGCUAAAGUUAAGUGAUUCAAAAGAUAUUAUUUCAACAACUAGGAAAUAAAGAAAAAUACUAAAGAUUA